CACAGCAAUCAAAACUAGCGUGUGAGCUGCAGUUUGCAUUUUUAUCCAUUUUUUCUCUCUGUACUCCGUUUUUAUUAAGCUUUUAUUGUUUGACGUUUUUCUUAUCAAACAAAUCUUUAUCGAGAUGGCUAAAUUUGUGAAUUAUUAUGAGAAGCCCAUAUCCCAUAUUAGUUUGCCGGACUGGUACGCCAAACAAUGGGAGCUUCAACAGAAUGCGAAUGUCAGGAGAUCCGAGGCCUGUCAGUUACGCAAUUCGAGCAGAAGCGCACGUUCUGAAGCAAAUGUGAAAAUAAAAUGGGACACUUACCUAAACAACUCUCGAUUAGCGGACAGAGUAACAGAAUUGUCGAAUUGGAAGGAUGUGUUCGAAAACUUAUUACAAAAGUUGUCAAACGAAAUGUGCUUGCUGAACAACGAGAAAGCUACCACGGAAAAAGACAUUGAAAGUAUUAACCAUCCCUUACAAAUUGCCAACAAAUGCAUCUCGAUCAGGGAUUGUCGUAGAAAAACCGAGCUCACGUACGAUGAGGCUGACGUGGAACUGAAAAAGGAACUCUGUAUGAUUGCAAAGAUUCAGGAGACAUUUACGCAAAGAGUACACGACGCUUGGGAAAAGCUAAAUUCCUUAGAAAGUAUUAGAUAUAAACUCAAUGUCGAUAUAGAGGAUAAAAACAAAUCUAUCGGAAUAGAUAGAGACAAUUUGGAAAUGGAUCACACUUCCGCAAAUUUAAGUCACAAACCAACGACAUCGUCAACUGGGAAAAUGAAUUCAAUCACGCACGAGAUCUGGUUGGACCAAUGUCUCUCUACUAAGAUGUUAUUGGAAAACGAAUUGCACGACUGUUACACCUUCCGCGAAGCCAUGCGCGUAAUGAGGGAAUGCGCGUGGAACGAUAUCAGAGGUCAACAAGAAGCGACAGAUUACAUCCUGAGGAAAAGAAUUUAUCAAACGCAAAAAACCAAAAACGAGUUAGAGUGGCAGAAACUUAAGGUGCAAAAAGAAAUUGAGAUGAUCGAUAAGGAAAUGAAUCAGUUGGAAGAAAUGUUGGCGAGUAAAAUAAAUGUAUUAAAAUGCGCCGAGACACGGUUGGAAAAUCGCGUUUAUCGAUCGGGAUCGGAACUCUGUAAAGACGAGGUGGAAUUAGGUUUGAAGAACGAAGUACUGAGUUUUAAACAAACCGAGGAAGAUCUAAUCAAAAUUCUCGAGCAUGUAAAAUCGAGCCACAACAGUUUGAAAUCUCUGCUCGCGCGUAUUGACAAAGACUUGGAAGAUAAACAACAUUCUUUGAACACCGACGUUGUGUGUUUGGAUACAAGAUCGUCAUUGAAAACAGGAAACAAAUCGGAAUUAACCAACGAGACAGACCGUAACAUCGUACUGACGCGUAUGGAGAAAGAAAUUCCAAUGGAAUCGUAACUUCGUCAUUAAUUUACGCCUUAUUGAAUUUAUUUUUAAUAUAAAAGACAUCUAACACAUUUUCAUUUUUCUAUCUCUGUAGCGUAAAAUACUUGUGUUAUAUAAAACAAUAUAUUCAGCUUUAAAUUAAAAACUGUGUGUUCUCACAUAUAGAUAUAAACAAAAUGCAAUUUACAUGCAUAAUUAAGUUUUAUACACGGAGUAUUAAACUGGAUUUACAACAAGUGCGAAUCGCAACAUAUUUCAUAGUAUAUAACUAUUGAUAUUUAAUGAGACAUAGCACGGAACAGAACCAGGUGUAAUCGACUGGAAAGGUUUAUGGAUAUGGCUCGCGAUAAUAACGGAAACAGAUUGCCGUUGUGGAUGUAGGUCUUGCUAA